UCUUAUGGGGAUUCCCCUUGCAAGUAAUGUGAGUGGGGGGGAUUUAUAUAGUCUAAGGAUCGGUUUAGCCACUGCAUAUAAAGGACACUCUGAUCAAGAGCAGACUCAUUCUCAGUCGUCAUGUCUCGUCCAGUGGUUAUUGUUACGUUUUGCUUCCUGCUCCUUGGGACCGCAUCAGUAAUAACAGCUGCGAGUAUCCCAUCUGCAGUUGCAACUGAGGAUAUCGAUUCUCCAAUAAUUGCAGAGGAAGGUUCUGUACCAGAGGAAUCGUCCAGUUCUAAUGAUAACAAUGACCUAGCUACUGAUGCGACCUUCUAUUGGGGAUACAAACCUGCUUGGAGGUAUUAUGGAAACGGCUGGGGAGGUUAUCGUAGGGGUUGGGGUGGAGGAUGGGGAGGAGGCUGGGGAGGAUAUCACGGUGGUUGGGGAGGAUAUCAUGGCGGUUGGGGAGGAAGGGGAUAUUAUGGAUAAGGAUGGUCUGUUUAGAGUUAACUCAAGUUAAGCAUUUACUACUAUUUUAAGUUACUACUGCGCUAUUCGAAGUCGAGUAACUCUUUAGUUCUAAUUUCUACACUGAGCUUCAUUAAGGUUAUUUUUAUUUUGUAAAACACGGCAAAUAAAUAGUUUUACAAUGA